AGAGGAUGUGCUGCAGCCGCAGAGCCCUGGCGGAGCGCUGUGAAUGGCCGACGGGGCAGCCACUGUGCGGAGAGGCAGCGACGGGCAGCUGUGCCAACACGUCCAGCAAUGAUGUAGAGUGGACAACGAUGUGAUGACGACGAUGAAGAUGGCGAAGCAGGGCCUCGCAUGGAGGUGGAGCAGCGAUUGACCCGCUACUCGCUUUCGCCACACCUCGCGCUCUAUGUCCGCCCUCAUUGCGCGGCCGUAGUGCAAUGUCCUCAACCACGCCCUCGGCGCCCCCAACGCUGAAGAAGGGGAGGAAGCCGGAUAAAUCGGAGGGGAUGACCGAGUCGGCGCCGGUCACCAGCGAGGAGCUGAGGAGCAAAAUCCUGGACACCCAGAUAGAGCUGCAGCAAGAGCGGGGCAAGGUGUGUAAGCUCCGUGAGCGGCUCCAGGAGCAGCGGCAGGCUCGGGAGCUGGAGCAGCACAAGCACGCCGUGGCGCUCACCGACCUGCGCGCCAAACUCCACGAGGAAAAGCUGCGCGAGGUAGCGGCCGCCCGCGAGUCCCUGGCCAGGCAGCACGAGGUGGAGCUGGCGCGGGCCAUCAAGAUCAAGGAUGCAGAGGCGCAGAGGCUGCAGGGGCUGGUGAACGCUCUGAGGGACGGAGCCGCCGACAAGCUGAAAAACGCUCUCCUCGGGGAGGCUCGGGAGGAGGCCAGGAGGGCUUUCGACGGGGAGAGGAUAAAGCUGCAGCAGGAGAUCCAGGAGCACAAGACCGCCAGGAAGCUGGCUGACGAGGCUCAUGCAAAUGCUCUGCAGGCCGAUAAAGCCAAAGCGGCUGAUCUCCGGACCGCCUACCAGCAGCACCAGGAUGAGAUGCACCGCGUCAAACGGGAUUGUGAGAGAGACAUCCGCCGACUGAUGGACGAGCUGAAGGCGAAGGACCGGGUGAUGUGCGGCCUGGAGAAGGAGCUGGGGCUGCAGGCCGGCUAUGCCCAGAAGCUGCAGCUGCAGAAGGACGCUCUGGAUGAGCAGCUGGGUCAUGUCCGAGAGGCCGAGCGGCACAACCACGGCAGCCCCAAGAGAGAGCUGGUGCCGGGACUGGGCGACAACUCUGACCCGCUCAGCAACCAGUUUUUAUCUUCCUCCUCCUCCCCUGUCCCCUUUGCUCCACAGGAGGUGGAGGAGCGUGACACGAGGAGGUUCCAGCUGAAGAUUGCGGAGCUCCACUCGGUCAUCAGAAAAUUGGAGGAUAGAAAUGCGCUGCUGGCUGACGAGAGGAAUGAACUCUUGAAGCGUGUUCGGGAGGCCGAGAGCCAGAUGAAGCCCAUGUUUGAGAAGAACAAGCGGCUGUCCAAGAAGAACGACGACCUGCUGCAAACGCUGCAACGCAUGGAGGAGAAACUAAAGAACCUGAGCCGAGACAACAUCCAGAUGAAGGAGAAAGCCGCCUCCUCUCGGCCUCCCCCCCCUCAGCAACAACCCGUCCAGUCCCAGCUGAAGCGGCCGAGCUCGCUGACGGACUUGAGCCACGCCCACGAGGAACAGGAAGUGGCGUUCCUGAAGCUGCAGGUUUCGGAGCAACGCGGCAUCAUCGAUGAGCUCACGCAGGAACGUGACCGAUGGGUGAUCAGCAAAAAGAGCACGAGGAAACCGCCCAAACUGUGUAAAAGGCAUGUUGUGGAGACGUAUUUUGGAUUUGAUGAAGAGUCGAUAGACUCUGAGACGUCCUCUCUGACCUCCUACAACACUGACCUCACUGACCGCACGCCUGCAACUCCAGAGGAGGAUUUAGAAGAGACCUUUUCCCGUGAAGAGUCGGAGCUCCGUUUCCGUCAGUUGACCAGGGAGUACCAGGCCCUCCAGCGGGCCUACGCGCUUCUCCAGGAGCAGACGGGGGGCUCUCUGGAUGCUGAGAGGGAGGCCAGGACACGCGAGCAGCUGCAGGCGGAUCUCAGCAGCUGCCAGGCCAAGAUGGCCGACCUGGAGAAGGCCCUGGCCGAACGGGGGCAGGAUUCAAAAUGGGUGGAGGAGAAGCAGUACUUGCUCAGGACCAACCAGGAGCUUCACGAGAAGAUGUGUGCGUCUCAGCAGGCAGAGUCCAAGCUGCAGGCCGAGGUUCAGGACGCCCGGGAUCAGAAUGAGCUGCUGGAAUUCAGGGUGCUCGAACUGGAAGAGAGGGAGCGUAGAUCUCCUGCCCUCAACCUCCACAUGUCUGCGUUCCCUGAGAACAGCAGCAGUGCCCUGCAGAUCUACUGUCACCAGCAGGGAGUCAAGGAUGUCAUCAUUCCGGAGCUGAUGAAGAAACUGGAUAUCCUGGGAGAUAACGGCAAUCUCAGAAAUGAGGAGCAGGUAGCGGUGAUCCAAGCGGGGACGGUGAUCUCACUGUGUGAAAAGUGGUUGAAGCAGAUCGACUGCACGGAGGCCGCACUCACACAGAAGAUGAUCGACCUGGAAAAUGACAAGGAGCUUUUUAGCAAGCAGAAGGGAUUCCUGGAGGAAGAGUUGGACUACAGGAAGCAGGCCUUGGAUCAGUCCUAUAUGAGGAUCGAGGAGCUGGAGGCCACGCUGUAUAGCGCUCUGCAGCAGGAGCAGCCGGCAUGCCGGGCGGUGGCCGAGUCGCUGACAGACAGGCAGAGGGAGGAGCUCCGGCUCGCCGUGGAAAAGCUGCGGCGUCAGAUUCUCCGGCAGAGCCGGCAAUUUGACAGUCAGAUCUUACAGGAGCGCAUGGAGCUCCUACAGCAGGCCCAGCAGAGAAUUAGAGAGCUGGAGGACAGGCUUGACUUGCAAAAGAGACAAGUAAAGGAAAUAGAGGAAAAGUUUUUGUUCCUCUUUUUGUUUUUCUCUUUAGCAUUCAUUCUUUGGCCUUAAAGAGUGUCCAGCGACCCACAUCAGGUGCUCCGGAAGCAGGCGAGGACGAGACAAAACCUACUUGUUUUUUAUGCAUCUGUAGACAGCUCA